UACGCGUUUCUCCGUAUCCAAUACAUCAGACACAAUAAAUAAUAAUAAUAAUAAUAAUAAUAACGUAAAAUAUAUUAAUAUUAAUUAUUAAUUUCUCGCGACGAUGUCGAUGUGUAAAUGAAACGGUGCGGGCAUUGUUCGAGUUAUCGCGGAUCGAAUCUUCUCCGAUUUCGUCGUUUUCAUAAUUUCGCGUUGGCGGUCUUAUCCGUCAAAUCGCCACCAUGGUAGUCUGCUGUUCGUGUCACUGUAGCUGAGUGUAGAAAGUGCGACACCAACAAUUUUUGUGCCGACUAGUUUGGUGGCUGAUCGACGACCGACGUUACGUCUCGCCGUGUCGUCGGACGACAUGAUGCGUAUGCCGGGCCAGUGACGCCGGUCCGGUGACCGUCACUAGCCGUGAUCCAUCGCUCGGUGCCCGUAGCUAUUGAUGUGUUUGCACGUCAUGAUGUCAUCGAGUACAAACCGAAUGAUACAGCCUAGGAACCUGGCUUCGAUAUUGAUGAAAUUACAUGGUGCCUUUGCCGAAGCCAUUACAUCACCAAAAGCAUCCAUUGAUAAGCGCACACUAGAGAAGACAUGGAAACUAAUGGACAAGGUUGUGAAACUGUGUCAACAUUCCAAGAUGAACCUGAAGAACUCACCACCGUUCAUACUUGAUAUACUGCCAGACACCUAUCAGCGGCUCAGGUUCAUUUAUACACAGUAUGAAAAUGACCUUUCAGAGCUGUACAAUAAUGAGCAUUUCAAUGUCUUCAUUUUGAAUGUGAUACGAAAAUGCAAACAAGCCAUAAAAUUGUUCAAAGAGGGCAAGGAAAAAAUGUAUGAUGAAAAUUCACAUUAUAGGAGAAAUUUGACCAAAUUGAGUUUAGUGUUCAGCCAUAUGCUCAGUGAGCUCAAAGCGUUAUUUCCAAAUCAUAGAUUUGCUGGUGAUAAGUUUAGGAUAACGAAAAGUGAUGCUGCAGAAUUUUGGAGAUCUAACUUUGGAAUGAGCACUGUAGUUCCUUGGAAACUAUUUCGUAGUGCCCUUCAUGACGUCCAUCCAAUUGUUAGUGGAUUAGAAGCUAUGGCGCUCAAAUCAACAAUAGAUUUAACAUGUAAUGAUUACAUAUCAAAUUUUGAGUUUGAUGUUUUUACCAGAUUGUUUCAACCUUGGCCAACUUUAUUGAGAAACUGGAAAAUAUUAGCUGUUACACAUCCAGGAUAUGUUGCAUUUUUAACAUAUGAUGAAGUUAAAGCUCGCCUAGAAAAAUUUAUCACCCGACCAGGGAGUUACGUAUUCCGUCUAAGUUGCACACGGCUAGGGCAAUGGGCUAUUGGUUACGUAACAACAGAAGGUGAAAUAUUACAGACCAUUCCUCAAAAUAAAUCUUUAUGUCAAGCAUUAUUAGAUGGUGCACGUGAAGGAUUUUAUCUUUAUCCGGAUGGACAAAAAGGAAAUCCAGAUCUAUCAAAUGCCGUGGAACAAAGUCCGGAAAAUCAUAUUAGAGUUACUCACGAACAAUACGAAAUGUACUGUGAAAUGGGAUCCACUUUCCAAAUAUGUAAAAUAUGCACAGAAAACGACAAGGACGUUCGGAUUGAGCCAUGUGGUCAUCUUUUGUGCACUCCAUGUUUAAACUCUUGGAUGGAGUCCGAUGGCCAAGGUUGUCCGUAUUGUCGGGCCGAGAUCAAAGGUACAGAACAUGUUGUAGUGGACCCAUUUGACCCAAAGAGAGUCAAAUAUAAAAGUGUUCCCAUCAUGCCCAUCGUAGUGCAACAUUCUGACGAUGAAGAAGAUGAUGAAGAUGAUGAGGUGGUGAAAUAACACACAGUGUCGUCGUCAUCGGCGACAUUUUUCCAGCAGGGAAAGUAUAAUAGUAAUAAAUAAUAAUUAAAGAAAAAAGUCGUUGAGACUAUUUUACUGUGAUAUCACUUUGUAGACAUUUUUCAAUGUGUACAUUGAAUAUUUCGAUUUAAAUAUAACUUAACAAAAUUCCUAUUGGCAAUAUGUAUUGUCAAUAAGGUGUAUUUUUUCGUAUGUGAUAACUGAUAUGUCAAAUAUAUUAUUCAAAUUAAAUGUGAUAGAAAAUAAGAAGAGUAAAAUUUAUAUAUUAAUUAUAUUUUUUAAUCAAUUCAAUGACAGUAGGAUAUAAUGCAAUUGAGUAUAGUGAUUACAUUUUAAGAUACAAUGUGAUUGUGUGUUUUUUAUAUUUAUUACAAUAUUUAUAAAUUUGCCCAACAUUAUUUUUUGAACCCUUUGAUUUGAAGUCGAUUUCCAUACUAUUAUUUAUUUGUUAUUUUGUUAACUGGUAUGUAUUAAUAUGAUUUAUACAUUUUUUUUAAAUGUAUUAUAUGGAUACAUCAUUUGGUAUUGAUACAUUUUAAACAUUUUAAGAAUUAAAUAGAUUUCUGCAAUAAGAACAGCAAUACUAAUAUAUUUUUAUUCUUUCAGUAUAAAUAUUCUAUUUUUUUAUUUUAAUUGUAAUUUUUCAUAUACAAUUUACGUAUUUAAAAAGAUGGCUGUAUAAUGUGACAAUCGAUUGUUGACUAUACUAUUUGCUUCUAUUUAUGUUAUCCUUUCUAGAACAUAGAUAAUAAUUAUUGCACUUAUAAUAGAUCUAGCUUAAAAUAAAUAUGAAUACUUCAGCAUUUUGCUCGAUAAGAUUUUUAAUCAUUGGGUUCAUGGUAGAUUUAUAUAACAAUUGUAUUAUUAUUCAUUGGUCUUAUAUGUUUAGAAGUUGAUUUCUAGUCUCCAAGCAAUCUAGUCUAAUUAAGAAUUUGUAUUUUUCGUUUAUCCUAUGUAUGUAUAUAUAGGUAUAAUAGAUAUAAUAGGUAUAUAAAUGCAUAUCUCUUAAAUCUAAAACAUUAAACCUUAAACAUUUCUCGCGUAGUGAUAUUUUCUAUUUUUUUAUUGCAUACAAUUGUAUGUAUUUGUAAUUUGUAUUAUAUUAUUGUCUCAUUGUUGUUUGAGUGUUGUACAUUUUCUCGAUAAUCUACCACAAUUUGGUUGGAAUCAAUAAGCACUCUUCUGAUAAUGUGAUGAUUUUAUAGAAUGUUUAGUAGUUAUAUAAUUUAUAGAACUCAUUUUGUCUUGUAAUUGAUAUUUUCUUUAUUUUUAAUAAAGUUAAUCAAAAUCUUUGUCGAUAUAAAACUAUGUACGUAUCAUUUUGUUAUAAGAAUUUCACCUAAUAUUUCUAUAACAAUCAUGGUUUUUACUCUACUGUACACGGUAACCAAUAUUUUCAUGAAUUUUUUUAAACGUGUUUCAGUAAAAUUUGAUUUUCACUAAUUUUCUUUACACAUAUUGUAUACUUUAUGACUUAUACAAAUAUUUCUAUUUUGACCAAAUGUACAUGUUAUUGUACCAACAUACACCUAUAUAUGUAUAUAAUAUUAAUGUUCUGUUUAAAUUUUGAACUAUGGCAAAGCUAUACAUUAAAAUUAAAAAUAUUGUAUAAUAUUAUAGUUUUAUCAUUUAGAUUUUAAAUUAGUAUGAAGGCAAUAAGAUGUACGACAAUUAUUAUUAACUCUAUUUAUUUGUGAACAAACUAAAGUAACCUUUAUUUUAGGGGCCUUAAAUAUUAUUGUAAUGUUACGAAUACAGGGUAAUGUAGUCUGCAAGAAUUAAUUUCUAGAGAUGAAUUCCAAUAUUAUUAUUAUUAUUAUUAUUAGUUGUAGAACAAUUGUUGAUUAUUAUAUUUUUUAUUGCCCAUUGUGGCCAAUUGACAAUUAUUUUUAUUAUUAUUAUUUUAUUUUUAAUUUUUAUUGUAUGUCAAGAAAAAAACAUGUGUGAUUUCAUAUUGUAAUGAUCUUUGAGCUUGAGUAAAGUAAAUAAAAUUAAUCGGUGUACGUCAAAAUAAACCACAUAAUUUGUGUUAGGUGUAAAUUAUAAGCAAUACGUAUAUAUAUUCUGUAUUUUAGUAUUUAUUUUAUUCAUAUUCACUUUAGUUUGUACUGCUAUCGUAAUUUUUGUAACAUAUUAUAUAUUUUUUUUAUUUGUAAAUAAACCAAAUAGCUAAUUAUUAAA